CCUCCUCCUCCUCCUCCUCCUCCUCCUCCUCCUCCUCCUUCUCCGUAGCCAUUGUGGCUCAAGACGGCAGCCCCCCCCGCCCAGCGGCGUGGGCAAUCAUGACCCGGCGGCGCGAUGCUGCUGGAUCCAUCCCCGUGCGACAUGGGGCCGCACUGGCGCACGUGAGGGACCCCCAGCAGGCGGCGCUGCUGAUGCGGGAGCUGCAAGGCGGCCUGGACCAGGCCUGCAGGACAGGGACCUGCUGCCGUGAAGUCCUGGGCGGCCAGGCCCAGCGGGUUUUGGGGGCUGCCACGGCACUCGUGGCGACCGUGGGUGGCAGCACCCUUGCGCAAGGCCUGGCUCGCCUGCGGGUCGACGGCCAGCGGGUGCCACCCCACCUGGUACGCGCCUGGCGCGAGCUGGAUGCAGCCAGCGCCCUCAUCCGCCAUCCUGGCGCGGCGGAGCGCAUCGUCGAGGUCGCGAACUCCUGGCUCAUGCAGGCGGUGCCUGUCAAGUUCGCCGACGCGCCUCACGACGCGGCCUCCGACGAGGCCUUCGCCUCCACAGGGAGCGUGGGCGCAGUGGCUACGACCGACAUCAACGCGGAGAGCGACAUGUGCGACUCGGACCCCGAGGACGAGCUGCAGAAGGGAGUGAACGACAAGAAGGGCGAGAAGACCCAGAUGGUGCAGGACAUGAGGAAGAUGAAGGCCGCUUUCGGCUACAAGAGCGAGCAGGACAUGGACGACAGGCUGCUCAAGCUGGAGGUGAAGAACGUCGUGGUGACGAACAUCGUCUCCGAGGGGCCUGCGGGGAGCUCCGAGGGGACGGCUGAUCACAGCACCGACGAGCGUUGCAGCCUCGACGGCGACCCGCACGCCGGCGUGAAUGCCAUCGAUCGCACGCAGCUCGCCGGCACCGUCUGCAGCACGCAGUGUACAGCUACGCCCUCGGACACAGCGAGUCAAUCGCGACUCCUCGAGUACUUGACGAACCACGAGGCCGCCCUCCUCUCUGGGUGCAGCGAGGGCCACGCGGCAGGUGCCCCCCCCCCGUGCCUCGACACCAACGCCCUCGGCAUGUGGAAUACGAUGGGCGUCAUGGAUGAGGCGCCCCUGGAUGAGGCUGUCCCCCCCUGGGAGUGCGACGACCCUGAAGAUGACGAAGGCAUGAGGGCCCACAAGCGGCGCUUCCGCGCGAGGCUGAAGCGUAGCUGAUGGGCGCGUUUUGGUUUUGGACCCCUGGCCGUUGGGCCGCGCGUGGUGCGAAGAUUGCCGCGCCUCCCCUGGGGCUCUCCUGGCGGCGCCUUGUGGCGCAGUGCAAGCACUCUUCAAGAGUAAAUUGGCCUGGGGAGGGCCUGUCGCAGCGUGCGAGGGAUGUCGCCCCCCUCGGCACGGCUGGCAAAAUUUUGAUGGCCCUCCCCAGGCACCCGUCCCCGCCCGAACGGACUACGUCCGAUUGCUCCAGCUC